AUGGGUUCAAAAAGAAAGCUAUCGUCAUCUGCUCACGAUCAUCCUGAUCCUGUUGAAACUUCCAUUCCAGAACAUGCUGCUGAAGUCGCAGAAGAGCUAACUAAAAAACAUCCUAUCCCUCAGGAUGAACCCUUGAUUCAUCAUGAUGCCGGCGAGUUCAAAGGCUUGGUUCGUCACCACACUACAGCUGAUCAAGCAAAAGAAUUGGAAUCUGGUAAGGUUAAUCCUUUCACUGGUGAAACUUUUAGUGAUACCUACUUUGGUAUAUUAAAAGUGAGAAGAGACUUGCCAGUCCAUGCUCAAAGAGAUGAAUUCUUGAAGAUCUAUCAAGAAAAUCAAAUCAUGGUCUUUGUCGGUGAAACUGGUUCUGGUAAAACUACACAGAUCCCACAAUUCGUUUUAUUCGAUGAAAUGCCUCAUUUACAAAAUACUCAAAUCGCUUGUACCCAACCUCGUCGUGUUGCUGCAAUGUCUGUCGCUCAAAGAGUUGCCCAAGAAAUGGAUGUAAAAUUAGGUGAAGAAGUCGGUUAUUCCAUCAGAUUCGAAAAUAAAACUACAAAUAAAACUAUUUUGAAAUAUAUGACUGAUGGUAUGCUUCUAAGAGAAGCAAUGGAAGAUCAUGAAUUGAAACGUUAUUCUUGUAUCAUCCUGGAUGAAGCGCACGAACGUACUUUGGCUACAGAUAUCUUAAUGGGUUUGUUAAAACAAGUUAUCCAAAGAAGACCGGAUUUGAAAAUUAUCGUCAUGUCUGCUACUUUAGAUGCUGAGAAAUUCCAACGUUACUUCAACAACGCACCUUUAUUGGCAGUUCCUGGUAGAACUUAUCCUGUUGAAAUUUACUACACUCCUGAAUUCCAAAGAGAUUAUUUGGAUUCUGCCAUUCGUACCGUUUUACAAAUUCAUGCCACUGAAGAAGCCGGUGAUAUCUUACUGUUCUUGACUGGUGAAGACGAAAUUGAAGAUGCAGUACGUAAAAUUUCUUUGGAAGGUGACAAAUUGAUUAGAGAUGAAGGUUGUGGUCCCUUAUCAGUAUACCCAUUAUAUGGUUCAUUACCUCCACAUCAACAACAAAGAAUUUUCGAACAAGCUCCAGAAUCUCAUAAUGGUAGACCUGGUAGAAAAGUUGUCGUAUCAACUAAUAUCGCAGAAACUUCCUUGACUAUUGAUGGUAUUGUUUACGUCGUUGACCCAGGUUUCUCUAAACAAAAAGUUUACAACCCAAGAAUCAGAGUUGAAUCUUUAUUGGUCUCUCCAAUUUCAAAAGCCUCUUCUCAACAAAGAGCUGGUCGUGCUGGUCGUACAAGACCUGGUAAAUGUUUCAGAUUGUAUACCGAAGAAGCAUUCAAGAAGGAAUUGAUCGAACAAAGUUAUCCUGAAAUUUUACGUUCUAAUUUAUCAUCAACUGUUUUGGAAUUGAAAAAGUUGGGUAUUGACGAUUUAGUCCAUUUUGACUUUAUGGAUCCUCCUGCUCCAGAAACUAUGAUGAGAGCUCUAGAAGAAUUGAAUUACUUGGCAUGUUUAGAUGAUAAUGGUGAUUUGACUGCUUUGGGUAGGUUGGCCUCUCAAUUCCCAUUAGACCCAAUGCUAGCUGUCAUGUUGAUUGGUUCUUCAGAAUUCCAUUGUUCCCAAGAAAUGUUAACCAUUGUCGCAAUGUUAUCUGUUCCAAAUGUUUUCAUUCGUCCUUCAAAGGAUAAGAAAAGAGCUGAUGACGCCAAAAACGUCUUUGCUCAUCCAGAUGGUGACCAUAUUACUUUAUUAAAUGCCUAUCACGGCUUCAAAUCCGACGAAGCUUACGAAUAUGGUAUUAAUAAAUGGUGUCGUGAUCAUUACUUAAACUAUAGAUCAUUAUCUGCAGCUGAUAAUAUCCGUGCUCAGUUAGAAAGAUUGAUGAUUCGUCAUAAUUUGGAUUUGAAUACAACAGAUUACGAAAGUCCAAAAUAUUUUGACAACAUAAGGAAAGCUUUAGCUGCUGGAUUCUUUAUGCAAGUUGCAAAGAAGAGAUCAGGUGGUAAAGGUUACAUUACCGUCAAAGAUAAUCAAGAUGUCUUGAUUCACCCAAGUACAGUUCUAGGACAUGAUGCUGAAUGGGUAGUAUAUAAUGAAUUUGUUUUGACAAGUAAGAACUAUAUCAGAACUGUCACUUCAGUGAGACCUGAAUGGCUAAUAGAUUUGGCCCCAGCAUACUUCGAUUUGGAUAAUUUCCAAAAGGGUGAUGUUAAAUUGUCAUUAGAAAGAAUAAAGGAAAAAGUUGAUAGAAUGAAAGACCUUCAUGAGAAAAAUGGCAAACAUUCCAAAAAGAACAAGGCUGAUUAG